GCUGUCAUCAGUUGUUUCACCGCCGGAGCAGAUGUAGACAAGGAUGACUCCUAAGCGAUUGAGGUGUUUUGUUGUUGGAUGUAAUAAUGAACAUAGCAGUAGUCAUUUACUCCCGUCAUCUGAACGGCUGAAGAGGAUUAGGUUUGAUUCUGAAGGGAAAGCGCCCUCGAUCUACCUAAAUGCGUCUAUGUUCGCGCGAAUCAUUCGUGAUCCAGCUUCACCUCCAGAAAAAUGGGUGGUGGAGAUAAAGAUCAGUUCAAUGGUGUUAAAGAUGAUGUUAGAGAAGAGAACGGUGAUCGGAUGGCAACUUACCACUUUACCACUCCCCCAUCUCCCGGAAACAAGACACACUGACCUCCGAGCUAAUAGGAUUGGCUGGUUCACACAGGAAGAUCAGCAAAGCCCUCCCCAAUCCUAAGCUAAGACUUUUGAGGUGGACAAGGAGGAAUUAGAGGGGAUAGAGCGACCAAAGGAGGAAGCAGGGCAUUCCGCUUCAGUCUCUGUGCCUGUCUCUAUCCACUCGUCCAUCCCGAGCACAGGGGAAGCCGGCAAAAUUUCUUUCCUUGAGGAACUUGACAGGGAAGCGUCAGACGACGAGAUGGGUAGCGGAGCGAGCGCAGAGGAUAAGGAAAUGGCCAAGAAAUCCAAAGAGCUGGAAAAACAGCUCCAGGAAGAUGCUGAUAAAGAAGCAAAAACUGUCAAACUUCUGCUGCUGGGUGCUGGUGAAUCUGGGAAGAGCACCAUUGUAAAACAGAUGAAAAUUCUCCAUCAAGGUGGUUAUACAAAAGAAGAACAAAUGGAGUUUCGAUCUAUUAUUUUUGGCAACAUCCUGCAAUCUGCUCUGGCCAUCAUCAGGGGCAUGGAGAUGCUGGACAUCAACUUUGGGUCACCAGCAGCACAGGAGGAUGGUCAGAAGCUCCAGAACCUGUCUGACUCCAUUGAGGAGGGCAGCAUGCCUCCAGAGCUCGCAGAUGUCAUCAAGAGGCUAUGGAAGGAUUCGGGUGUGCAGGCCUCGUUUGAGAGAGCUGCUGAGUACCAGCUAAACGACUCCGCUGGAUACUACUUGAGCGAAAUGGACAGAAUCUGCAAACCUGACUACCUCCCCACUGAGCAGGAUGUGCUGAGAUCUCGAGUCAAGACUACUGGUAUCAUUGAGGAACAGUUUUCCUGCAAAGAGCUCCACUUCAGGAUGUUUGAUGUGGGUGGCCAGAGGUCAGAGAGAAAGAAGUGGAUUCAUUGUUUCGAAGGUGUGACUUGCAUCAUCUUCUGUGGAGCCCUGAGUGCUUACGACAUGGUGUUGGUAGAAGACGAUGAAGUGAACCGCAUGCACGAGAGUCUCCAUCUCUUCAACAGUAUCUGCAACCACAGGUUCUUCGCCACAACUUCCAUUGUGCUUUUCCUCAACAAGAAAGAUCUUUUCGAGGAGAAGAUCAAGAAAGUCCACCUGAAUAUCUGUUUUCCUGAUUAUGAUGGUCCAAACACAUAUGAAGAUGCCAGCAACUACAUCAAAACUCAAUUUCAAGAUCUGAACAUGAAGAAGGGAGUGAAGGAGAUCUACGGACACUUGACCUGUGCCACAGACACAAAGAACGUCGAGAUCGUGUUUAACGCAGUGACAGACAUUAUCAUCAAAGAAAACCUUAAGGACUGCGGUCUGUUCUAAAUACCAUCUACUUUUUCAAAGAUCUUAUUGCCCCACCCCCACCAGCAUGAUUGGAUUUACUCUGGUGAAGUUGCCACAGUAACAAAAGAACAUCCACGGGUGGCAUAAAGGUGAACUCUACAGCAAGCAGUCAAGUGUGGUCAGCGGAUCCCCGGC